AUGCGGAAAAUCCUGAGGAAAUUCGCGUCUUACACGGGCACAGUUGUAAGUGUGUCAGCUGUGAUUCAUUGUUGCCUCGAAUACGUGGGAGAUUUUGUCUUGUGUUCCGGCGCAAGUAUGGAGCCCACACUGCACUCAAAAGAUGUAAUUCUCACAGACCGCAUUACCACAAACUUCGGCAAGGUCGGAAGAGGCGACGUGAUAAUCGCCAAAGAUCCCGCAAAGCCCAGACAAUUCAUCUGCAAACGAAUUGUCGGCUUGGAAGGCGACCUGAUUCUCACACAAGACACGGGAAAUGGCAAUUCUACGUCUUUCUCCUACGAUUACGAACAAAGUGUCGAGCCUGUGAACGAAAAAAUUGAAAAAUUAUCAGAAAAUCCUGAAAUUAGGUAUAAAAAAGUGUGGAUUCCGCGAGGGCAUGUUUGGGUAGAAGGCGAUAAUUCGAACCAUUCGUACGAUUCGAGGCACUAUGGACCGAUUCCGCACGGGCUUAUUCAGUCGAGAGCCUUCUUCCGAGUCUAUCCUUUCCAUCAAAUGGGACUAAUACAUUAG